AUGUUAUUAGAGCGCGAUCCUGAUUCAGAGAAGUCAGGAUACACUGCCAACUCUUAUUUGGCAGUACUUCAUGAGCAGAUGCCUCGACUGUACGAACCAGGGCGCAAAUUCAUGCAAGAUAAUGCCCGAAUCCAUACUGCAAAGAAGAUUAUCAAUUGGCUUCAAGAGGAGGGCAUAGAAUUGAUGGAAUGGCCAGCCUAUAGUCCUGAUCUCAACCUAAUUGAACACCUCUGGGCGCAACUCAAGCAAUGGAUCAAUGAUCACCAUCCAGAGCUAAUUAAUAUGGGCAAAUCGGAGGAGGAUUAUCAACGUCUGUUCAGAGCAAUUUAUGAGGGUUGGGAUGCUAUAGGAGAAGAAGCUGUGGCCAAUCUCAUCAAGAGUAUGGAUAGUCGAGUGAAUGCGGUCAUUGCGGCUAAAGGAUGGUACACCAGAUUCUGA